AUGGGCGCGCCUCUCGCCACUGUGGCCGCCUUCAACGCCGUCCUCUUCACCGUCAGGGGCCAGAUGGAGACCGUGCUGCGCUCCGAGCCAGGCGCGCCUUUCACGGUCGGCCAGCAGGUCGUUGCCGGCGCUGGCGCGGAAGUCGCCGUCUCGUUCCUGGCGUGUUCCACCGAGCUCAUCAAGUUCAGGUUGCAAGCCCAGAGCGUCUUGGCCAGUGCUGCUCCUGCUCCAGCGGCUGCAGCCGCCACCGUGACCGUCCCGACCGCGGCAGUGAAAUACGGCGGCCCGAUCAACGUGGCGAAGCAGGUGCUCAAGUCGGAAGGCGGCACGCGCGGGCUGUUCAAGGGCCUCUUCCCGACGCUGGCGCGCGAGGUCCCCGGCAACGCCGUCAUGUUCGGCGUGUACAGGCGACCAAGCAGGUCCUCGCCCGCGGGCAGGACACGUCGCAGCUCGGCCGUGGGUCGCUGA